AUGGCAAGAAGAAAGUCUAAGAAGGGAACUAACCCCGGACAAGAACCUGAAAUCACAAUGUCUAUCAAACAGUAUGGCCCGAAAGAGGCCUGCAUGCGCCUUGAAGAAGAAGGCUACCAUCCGCUUGUCACAACCAAGUCGGUUCGCCAGAUUCUUGAAGACUUCAAAGCGAAGCGUGACGAGAACGAGGGGCGAGCCACUUCCCCAGAAGCAUUCAUCAACGAUAACCAAGGCCGGCCUACCCAUUUCCAAGGUACCUACGUCGAUUCCGGAAACCUGGUGAUUGAUAUGACUGGUUACAUAAUGACCAAAAAGGCCAGCAUGUAUGUCACCAAGGAUGCUACCCCAUUGGUCGGAGUCUUCGACGGAGAUCAGACAUUUGGCCUGACCAUUGGAAAGAUGAUGGCCUCUCAGGGCAUGAAGCAGCUGGAAAACUUUGCUGUAGACAAAAACCAGAAACUCUGGGCAAAACUUGCCAGAGGAAUCGCAAUCUGGAAUUUCCUGGAUGCCGGCUUUCACGGAGAGAUGACUGGCUCCGCCGUCUUCAUUUGCGUUCAUCCCACUGGUUCCAUGGCCCAACUGAAGAAGGGAAAUGAGCGAUCCGCCAAGAUUAUUUCCGAUGAAGCUGCCUGUCGAGAGAACAUUCUGAAACUAGUGGUCGCUAUCCGUCAGUAUCAUGGAAUGACUCACCCAGACGACUACAAUGAUCAGGGGGAGAACAACCAAAUGGUGCACAUCGCCAACAGUUACCAUUGCCCCAAAGACAUUGUAAAGAUGGCCCAAGCGAUUCCUGCUGAUGGGGAUAUUUUGACUGCUUUCGCUGAAGCUGUCGACCCAGAACCCACCCAGGACUAUUACAUGUCUAAGCAAGUUGCCUUGCUUCAGACCAUGAAACUACUGACCGCCAUUGCCCAGCGUAGCAACCUUAUCGAAGUCUUGCAUUUCCACAAGACUCCUUUGCUUGACCGAAAGCUAAUUGCCAUAAUCCUUCGAGCAUGCCCACACGUCAAGAUGCUGGGAAUCUACGAAUGCCCGUUGCUGCACUUGGGCGAUGUCGUUUUCCUACUCGACCUGAUUCGCGAGGUCAACAUGGAGCGAGACCGCCAAAGUCUUCCACGAGUAGAAUCUCUCGAUUUCUACCCAAGGUACCACGCUGGUAUGCCAUACGAAACCCCCAACGAAUUCGAAACAUACGGAUUCUCCUGGAUGCCCAAGGACAAUGACAUGGCCCAGCGAGGUGUUCUCGCCAUUGUCAUGUUAGCUGUUCUCAAAUCUCGUCAUAUGAAGGUCAAGCUCCUGAUGGACCGAGAUGCUGCCUUCAUGACUUAUCUUCUCAACCUCCCCAUGGUCCCCGGAAAGGUAUGCGCCUUUCUUGACGGUCUCUAUCGUUUCCUCGACCUGAAGGAGAAGAGAUCCAAAGAUGAGAACGCUAUCAAGCAAGCCAUGUACGACUUGCUCAAAGCGGUGCGAAGUGGCCUCCAGCCUCUCAAGAGAGAUUGGGUCAAAUACUACAUCCACAAGAUGGGAGAGUCUUUUGCAUUCUGCUGCUCAUGUGGUUACGAAUUCUUACCUGAGUUCUUUGACAACGGGGAGAUUGGGCAUCGGCCUGAGCGUCGUAUUUGUUCCGCAUGCAUUCUGCGCGGACAACUGGACAGUGAGGAGGACCACCUCAAACAACAAACCAUGAACAUCAUGGCUGGUUUCUACCCGGAAUGGAGACCCAAUGCCUUUAACGUCAAUGCCCCCCUCCUUGAACAGGGACACGACCUGGCCCACUUCAAGACAGCCAAGGCUGAGGCCGACCCGAAUCCCCAGAUUAUUCUCCCGAAUGGUGAAAUCUAUUGGGAACAGCGUGAAGAGCCACUGCUUCGCAACCACAAGUUCCAUUUUGAUAGUGUGCAGGGCUUGCCUACUUUGGCUACACUUCUCAAUGCGACUGUUGAACAGCAACUUGAUGCCAGGGACGCGGCUUUGUUUGUUGAUGCACGAAGAACCUUGUCGCUCGUAUGGAGACUCUGCUAUCCCGGUGUUCUCUUGAUCAAGCCGCCGCCGACUCUGGCUGGCAUGAUCUCAGCCAGAGGUUGCCCUGAUCACUAUGAUGAAGAUCAAGGUCCUCGCUUCAGCCGUAAGCCCAAGGACAACCAGGGCAUUCGCCUCACCCACACCUUCACGUCCGCAAUCGACCAGUACAACCACAGCUUGGGCGAACCUUUCAAGAUGGAAGUCUUCGAUUUUGACGAGGAGGCCCAACCCAAGAACUAUUGGACCCCCGAUGGCGAGGUGUCGGAGGGCUUUUGGUGA